GUCCUCUCUGAACCAUGGAGGCUCUCCACCAGUCAGACCCCUCUGCAGCAGGUUGAGCUAUUUGAUCUGGUCAGACACCCGGAGUAUGUGUCCUCUGGAGGUGGAUUUGGUCCAGUGGCUGAUGAUGGUUAUGGUGUCUCCUACAUCAUUUUGGGUGAGAACCACAUCAACUUCCACAUCUCCAGCAAACACUCAAGCCCAGAAACCGACUCCCACCGUUUUGGUGCCAACAUCAGACAGGCCAUGCUAGACAUGCGGGAUCUCUUCCAGCUUGACAAGAAAACCAAGUGAUUGUCCUCUCCAUGGGUGGAACAAACAUAAGAAGUUGUUUUUAGCAAAAUAUCGUAUGCUUCCUGAAGCUUGUACAUAAUCAAAUGUUGAGGUUUGGGUUAUUUUUAAAUUAAUUGAUGUUACAGAAAUAAGGGUGAUUUAAAGGUAUUUGGAAACUUAACUGUCAAUAUGUGUGUAAGGUGUUUUAUGUGUACUGUAUGUAUAGGAAAGGUGAGAUUCUGGUGGGAUUGGGUACAGGUCGUGGCACAGAUCAAAGUUUUUAUUCAUAGGACUGUAAGCACCAGUGCCUUAGUGACCCACUAAUGUAAAAAGGGCAGAAAGGGAGGAGGGAAGUAGAGCAGCUUUAGCCUGAGAUCAAGUCUUUAUUACCACAGUUUGACAUUUCACUUGAAGGAUUGUUCAGUAGCAUCAUCUAAUAUUUGAAUUAUGUUUUAGGUUGAGAGGUGGUGCAAUAUUUUUAAUUUUGAAAAUCCUAUGAAUUCUUUGUGGUUUUUAGGUUUCUUCUGGUCUCCUCAUUUGCAGCACCUGAGUCAUGUAUAACUGGCCAAAGCAGCAAACUUGAUGUUAAAUAUAAUCAUAUAAUCAUCCAGCAAACUGCAUGUUGCAUGGUGUCCAGGUUCACAUGGUUCAGUUUAAAUACCGAGUCUGAUUCACUAGGCUUGAACAGUUGUACCCGUAACCUUAUACCUACAAGAAUUAUAAAUAUUCAGCUCUGAUCUGGAAGGUGGCCCUGUAUCAGUGUGAUGCUGGAUACUAACACAGGAGACAGGGAACUGAUGACACUGUACAAUCAAUGGAUCUCCAUUGCCUUUCUGACUCAAGUGCACAGCCAGUGUGUUUUUAGCUGCCAUGAUUUAGUGAUGAAGGCAGAUCAUGUUGGUGUGUGCGCUUGUUGUUUUCACACUCAGGUUUUACUAACUUGGCGUAGUAUUGUAGGGUGCUGGGUGCAGCAUUGCAAGAUUAGUGCUUAUGUUGGCAUGUACAUGUGCAACAGUAGAAGAAAUUGAGAUGCAGUAAGUGAGGGAUUGACAGGACAGGGUGUGUGUCUGGGGUGAAUCUCACUUGCACAAUGUGUUGAACUGACAGUGUGUAGCCAACAGUGACGUUUUUCUGUUUCUUGUGUUUAAAAAGUGUAUUCAGUGUACUUCACACUCAUGUGCACUCUAUGACCGGCCCUAGUUCAAACUAACCGAUUCCUAACUACCAUGGUAGCCUUUUUUCAGAUCAAACUGAAUUGUGUACUGUCACUUUGUCAGUUAAAGCAUAGUGGUGUUGUAGCUUAGGAUAAAGAGGGGCUGUCAUGUAGGAGUGCAUUUCAUUUCUGUAUAUGUUGUUGGUUCAUCAUAUUUAUUUUUUUCCCAUGUUCUAACCUCUUCAUUCACAAAACAAACAUGCAUAUUUACCAGCUGAAUGCGGCAAAUCAUUAGCACUAAGUUAAGGCUUUGCUUAUUUAAGAAGUGACAAAAUGCUUCCUAUAUAUAUAUAUUUUUUUUGACAGUUUUCUUAUCAAAACUGUCAAAAAAACUUUGCCAGUAUGUUGUAGUUGUAUGACUUUUUCAGUAGACCUCAUGUUUACACUGCUGCAUGUUUUUGAAUUUGAAGCAGUAUAUGUUUUCAUUUAAGACUUGGAAGACAAGCAGCUGAUAUACCAAAAUGAGUUUUAACAAUAAAGUGAAUGUCAGACAGCUGUA